AUGGGCGCCCUCAAAAUGUUCCUCUUGAUCCUUGUCACGCUCUUCUUUCCACCCGUGGGCGUCUUAGCGGUCGCUGGCUGCGGCGCCGACUUCAUCAUUAACAUUUGUCUCACGGUCCUCGGCUACAUACCAGGCCACAUCCACGCCUUCUACCUGAUGUACGUCUUCUACGAGCGCAAAGGCGAAGUCAAGCGCGGCGAAUACCAUUCCCGGUCCGCAGCAGGCAUCUACAGCGAGCGCGUCCUGCGCGGCGGGAAGCACGUACAGCCGCCUCCAAUGCCGCCGCAGCAGCCUGUUCCGCAGCCGGGCCAGGUACCACCAGGUCAGGCUUAUGGUACUGUUUAG